AAUGAAAUUUUCUUUGAGUGUUUACUGUUGAUCCACAUCUCAUACUUUUGAAGGGUUUUGGUCCCCUGCAAGAGAGACUAAAAGGGCAUUCAAAAUUAGUCUAGACGCAAUGUACUGUAACUACUGGGCCGGCCACCUGUAACACAGGGGAGGAGGGUCUGCACUUAUGUUGCGGCGGUUAUCCGAAGAAUACGGCCUUCCAGCUCCUUGGCCACCACACUCCCCCAGCCCCAGGUACUCUUCCCGCGGGGAGACCCGGCGCGAGCUCGUGCGCAGGCGCAGGGCGACUGUCACCCAGCGUCUGUGGUUUGCCGCCCGGCGCUCGGGCGUUCCGAUGUAGUUCCCCCGGGUUCUCUUUGUCCGCCCCAGGCAGGGGGGUCGCCGCCGCCCCUUCUCCAGGCUCGCUCUAACCCUUGCCCAGGCUAAGCCCGGCGCGGCCCUACCCUCUGACCCCGCGUUGCACAAUGCUCGAGCAAAGUCUCCAGGGGUGUGAACCCCGGCGUCCCUGCCCCUGGGCGGGGACGGGCGGCGGCCAAGCGGGGAGUCGAGGCGGCGAGCGUGCAGCUGGCCUAGUCUGCGGUCUCCGACUCCUCGAGUCACCUGGGAACCGCCGCUGCAGGCCCCCACGCCGCUAGGCCCAGCAGCCAGGCCCACGCCGCUGCCGCAGCCAUGGCGGAAGUUCAUAGACGUCAGCAUGCUCGGGUUAAAGGAGAAGCCCCCGCGAAAUCCUCCACACUCCGAGAUGAGGAGGAGCUGGGGAUGGCGUCGGCCGAAACGCUGACCGUGUUUCUAAAGCUGCUGGCCGCCGGCUUUUACGGCGUGAGCUCCUUCCUGAUCGUGGUGGUGAAUAAGAGCGUGCUUACCAAUUACAGAUUUCCCUCCUCACUAUGUGUUGGACUUGGCCAGAUGGUGGCCACAGUGGCAGUUCUCUGGGUGGGAAAGGCGCUCAGAGUAGUCAAGUUUCCUGACCUUGACAGAAAUGUACCUCGAAAGACGUUUCCACUACCUCUACUAUAUUUUGGGAACCAAAUCACGGGACUGUUCAGCACAAAGAAACUGAACUUGCCAAUGUUUACAGUUCUGAGAAGGUUCUCCAUCCUGUUUACAAUGUUUGCUGAAGGAGUUUUACUCAAGAAGACUUUUUCUUGGGGUAUUAAAAUGACUGUAUUUGCAAUGAUUAUUGGAGCCUUUGUAGCUGCCAGCUCUGACUUGGCAUUUGAUCUGGAAGGAUAUGUUUUUAUUCUGAUAAAUGAUGUCCUGACAGCAGCAAAUGGUGCAUACGUAAAACAAAAAUUAGAUUCAAAAGAGCUGGGAAAAUAUGGACUGCUCUAUUACAAUGCACUGUUCAUGAUUCUGCCCACCCUGGCCAUUGCGUAUUUCACAGGAGAUGCACAAAAGGCUGUGGAGUUUGAAGGCUGGGCCGACACCCUCUUUCUUCUGCAGUUCACCCUCUCCUGUGUAAUGGGGUUUAUCUUAAUGUACGCCACAGUACUCUGCACGCAGUAUAAUUCUGCUCUUACAACUACAAUAGUUGGCUGUAUUAAGAAUAUAUUAAUAACUUAUAUUGGAAUGGUCUUUGGUGGAGAUUAUAUUUUCACGUGGACAAACUUCAUUGGUUUAAAUAUCAGCAUUGCUGGGAGCCUGGUGUAUUCCUAUAUCACUUUCACUGAAGAGCAGCUGAGCAAACAGUCAGAGGCUAGUAACAAGCUGGACAUUAAGGGGAAAGGAGCAGUGUGACCAGAGGAUUGCUUCAUCUGAUACGUGUCCCCGAGAGCUGCAUAUAUAAUGUUUGCCAACUGGAGCUUCAUCAUUCAAAUUGUUGCUGCAUCUGGAGGCAGUUUAGCCUUUCCUCUGCUGGAAAUGCAGACAAAUAUGUGAAAUUUCUCUUCUUUGAAUUUUAUUUCUUAUGAUUGCAUUGUCUUCGUCAUAUUGUCAUUCCAUUUGCCAAGGUAAACAACUUUGGCACUAUAAAAAGAUGUGGGGCUUUGAAGUGUAUUGCUGUCUACGUUAGCUUCCCUGACUUUCAUAGGAUGAGCAGAGUGCAUUCCUUGAAAACGUGUUCUUUUUUUGUUGUAUAGAAUGGGGAUAAUGAAGGGGGUGAGAAAGUAGGCCUUUUACUAAUUUAUUCAUCUGUUUGAUUUAUUGAUUCAACUAAAAUGUUUUAAGUAUAUGUGCCAGGCAUUGUGCUAAAUACUGGGGAUACAGAGAUGUUUGCAGAGGUAGUUGAAACAUCUCACUCCUGCCAUAGUGACUGAGGUAAGGUUGCGAAUUUAGCUCUGUUAAAAUCAUUCAGAAGAUGUCACUAGGAGUAAGUUGUUUCAGCCCUCAAAAGCCGCAAGUCUGUAAAUUGGAUUAAAAACACCUGCCCUACCUACCCUGCAACAGUGUGAGUUCAAAUGCUGCAAUGUGAGAUGAGGUACAAGUAAAGAGCUGUGUUUUGUAAACUAGUGCAGCUCAGCAUUGACUCCCUCUCUAAGUGAGAAUUGCAGACAGGCAAGUCUGUUUUCCGUUGCCUCCUUCCUUUGGGUUCAGUUGCUCUUUGGAUGAAUAUGAUAAGGUCCCACAUUUCUGAAUUUAUUGGUUUGAGGGGAAAGGCUGGUUAGAUUCUUUGUAUUAUCACUGGUUGGUUUUUCUCUGGCAGUGUCAGUGUUAGAGCUGUCAUCUUCUUCCUUAAAUGGCAUGAGCAAUGAGCAAACUUCCCUCCUUUCAACAUUCCCACCUACAUUAUAUGCCCCUUGGCUCACUUACUGAGCUUGCCAACUUCUCUCUAAACCAUUGCUGCAUUUUGGAAGAGCAGGUGUGAAUGGGCAUUGCCUAAAUUGUCUCUUGGGGUAAUCUGGAGGGUGGAGAUUUUAACUCAAACAUAAUCCUAUGACUUGACUCAGAGAUAUCCAUUGACCUUGAGGAUUAGUGUGUUUGCUCAGGCCAGUUGUGCAGCCAGUGUGCAAGAGAUUUGGUGCCUUUGCACUAAUGCACACACUAGUGUCUACUUCAUUGGGUUUGGAAUCCACUGGACUCUGUUGACCUAAACAGUUAGGGUUUUGAUUUUUUUUGAUUUGAAAAUUUAUAUUGAGAUCAUUUUCAUAUUCCUGUCUUUCUCUUUUGGUUUGUCUUUUCUAAAGCCUGGCUGGUGGUGCUCUGUCCCUAGCAUUAUCCCUGCAGCCAACUCCCAAGUUACAAGCUUCAUUAAGAGCCUUAGACUCACUUUUUUCUAGCAUCUUCUGACCUGAGAAAAUUCUACUGGGAGUAAAGGAUAUUAUCUUGUGUCAUAUGGGUCUUACUCUCCCUAUUUUACCAAUGAGAAAACAAAACUCAGAGAAGGUUGACUUACUAAUACAUCAAACCCAUGUCCUUUUUAUUGAACUAUGACUGCCAUUUAAUUAACCGCCCUUCCCCUCUGAGGGACUUAGGAAACAGAUCCUGAGUUCACUUGAGCCCUUUCAAAAAAGCAAGCAGUUGAUUGAAUUUGGUGUCAGAGAGGAGCAUACUUUGCAAAUCAGGAAGAGUGACAGGGUACCCUGUCCUGGAACCUUUAUCCCACUUCCAGGCUGACUUUAGUUGGUAAUGCACUUCUGGCUGUUAAUGUUGCCAACACUUCCUGGUUUUGCUUAGAUAUAGUGAAAGGGCAUAGUGAGAGCUAUUUUUAGUGAUUCUUUUCCUUCUGUCAGCAACAUGAAGGGGGGACCUUUGAAUAAUUUUUGUUGCAGAAUAUUUCUUCAUGAAAGGCUUUUGGGUGUGUUUAACAGUUGUUGGGCUAGAGCCCCACCAGGAGUUGAACUGCCUCUUGGGGGUCAGGUUCCCUAGGAGAUCUGUCACCUCUUCAGGAGUAUUUGAGAAAAUUGUGUAAUUACAGCUUCACUAAAUGCACAUGACAGGCUUCUGUGCCUUGGGAGCCCUGGCUUAUGCUGAACCUUCUGGCUGACCAGAGCAGUACAGCAGCUUCUGCUUGCUGGAUGCCUCCUUCAGCUGCUAACCAGCAUUGCAAGAUGGAGCAGCGUGAGCAAGCUGGAGACUGAAUAGUCUUUUGGAGUUCGUGUUUUGAUUUUUGCAGGCAUGUUACAAUAUACUGGUGAUUUACCUGGUAUUGUGGCACCUCCCAGAAUCUCUGGUUUUUGCCCCAUGUUUGAUAUUUACUAGAAAUAAAUGCAGAAAAUCUUUGUCCUGUUAACUGCCUCCUGGGAGAAAAAGAGGCAAUACAGAGUUAACGCCUUAAUUUGCCCCCGGAGACAGAUGAGCUGUGGUGUUCCAAAAGACAAAUUCUAUGACUAGUGGCUCCUGUUCAUUGUAAGUGAGGCCCUCUUUGGCCAAUCUGCUUCUAGUCAAGGCCAAAUGGAUUGGAAUAACCCUAGUUGGCCAGGCUACACGUUGCCAACAUGUCCCGUUGAGUUUUAUUUGCCCCAUGUGGCUGUGGACUUUAUGAGUCAAUAAUUUAUAGGCUCCAGUUUGCACCUAGUUUUUUUUAAAAAGUGCAUUUACAUGCUUUUGGUAGUCCUGUUUUAUCAAGAAUCCAUGGAGGGUUUUGGUUGGUACAGCUGAUGCUGGAUCCUCACAGAGUAACAGUCGAGUUUCACAUUGAAUCGGUUUGAAAUGGCGCCCCAGGACUUUGGGCCUGCCUUGCUUUACAGCCUCGUUCAGUGAGCAGAGAUUUAGUGAGCAGCUGUUGUAUGCCAAGCAUUUUGCUAAGCUCUGGAAAAAAGAUGAACAAGACAUGGUUCUUGCUUUCAAGGAGUGUGUAAUUCUUUGGCCAGACAUGAUAACCUGGACCCUGAGUGGGAGAAAGGAGACAGAUGAAAGGAGUCCGUGAUUUUGUAACCAAGAACUGCCUGCAUAGUUAUGAGUAUCACUGAUUUUAGGGGUGCCCCACAGAGCUAAAGCAUUUUUUUAAUCUGAGAGGACUUUCGUAACUCAUAUUAGUUAAUCUUCUAGCUCUGAGACAGCAACACAGCUCUUAGAAUUCUGUAAGUAGCCUGAGGCCUCCUCUACUGUACAUGUUCUUGUUUUCCCAAAACUGUACGUUUGGUUUCUCCUAUGAACAAGACUGUAAUUGAUUUUUCUCUCUCUGAGGAAAAAUGUUCAGAAUAAAUGAGAUAAUGGAUAUGAAACUACUUAGCACAAUGCCUAGUACAUAUCAGGCACUCAGCAAAUGUGGCUACCGUGUCAUUAUUUCAUGGUGAGACUCAAGGCAAAACAAGAUUCUUAAUUUAUGCUCCAUAAAUGCUAGAGGCUUGGGCAAUAUGGUAUAUCCUGGUAUGACCCUGUAUCUCAUUGCCUCUAGAAUCCUUAGGUAACAGUUUUUGUUCACUGUCUUUUCUUUUUUAAAAAUAUCUACUGGACACGAUUGUAGCCAUUACAUGAUGCAGGUGAUUCUACCUAUUUUUAAAAAAGAACAAAGGCCGGGCGCGGUGGCUCAAGCCUGUAAUCCCAGCACUUUGGGAGGCCGAGACGGGCGGAUCACGAGGUCAGGAGUU